AAAUUUCAAACAAGGAAUGGCGCGGCUACAAAACGAGCGAACGGCGGCGCGAUAAGUAAUUUUAUCAAAACAUAGGAACCAGAAGCAAUGUUUACCAAGACCGUGUACGCUGAUGAACCAUGAACGUUCAACCAUGUACCAGGACCUUUAUACACACAACAACAUAGACAGGGGAGAAAAAGAAUGUGAGAUACAAAUGAAUUAUUUUACUAUGUAAUUACAGUGGACAGACUAAUGUAACAAUGGACUAGAGUGGGUGUGGAAGAAGAGACAGUUAAUUGAUGCAUAGGUCAUGGCCCAUUACAACUGAGUAUACGUACUUACUAAGUGUCUGGCCAUGAUUAAAGGAGUAACUUCUGUUGCUGAUUGUGUCUGUUGGUAUGCUAUAUUGUUUUGAGUUUCGCGGAGGCAAAAUCCCCAUAUGUCACCAAAGGAGGUGCAGGUAAUGUAUAGAGUGGUGAGAAGAACUUAAAAUAAAUUUGUUAUUUUAUUUUUGGAAUAUGUACACUUAUUCUUAGAAAUUUAUGCAUUGUAGUUAUGCAUCUUAGAGGUUACAGUUAUAAGGAAGUGGACUUGAAGAUAGAAUUUACUGAACUAUAACAAUAUUAGAGGGACACAGUUAAAGCCUAAACAUUGAUUUGCAUUGAAACAAAUUGAAAAAAUGUAAAAUUGAAUCAAAAGCAAAAUGAGACUUCUUUUAAUAGUAGAAGUGUACUGCAAGUUUCACAGGAAUCUUUAUAUGAGAAAAUAUUUGAGGUAUUCAGAUUUCCAUUUAUGAUUGUAUCAUCUUGAUGUAGUAUAUAGAUUACCUAUAUGUGAUCUUUAUUUUGCUUGUGAGUAAUUUUUUAUGGACAGUGAAUUACUGUAUACAGUAUCACUUAUGGAUUAUUUUGCAAAUCUAGGUUGCAGUUGGUUAUUACAUUAUUGAAUGCACUUUAUUAAGAUAUGUACUGUUUAUUUCCAUUUAGUAUUUAUUUUGCCAGCAUUGUUUUGUCUUGGUCUGUUGAGUUUCAGAUUAGAACAAAUUUAAAAUACCCAUUUCCUAAAUAUGAAAGAGGCCUAUCAGUACCAUUUUAAUGGUUACCAAGUAUUUUGUAUUUGACACCAAAACAUUUACUACAUUGCCUAGCUCCUUGUAUAUUACUAAGGAUGGAUAUGGAAAUGACGUAUAUAUGUGGCUCAUGUGGGAAGGGGUACAAGAAAAGUGAUCACUUGAAAAAGCACCUCCUAAUUCACAACGGAAGUCGACCAUUCCAGUGUAGUUCUUGUGGGAAGGCAUUCCGAGAGAAAACUCACUUGACAGCUCAUCUCCUACUUCAUACAGGUGAGAAACCAUAUAAAUGUUCUCACUGCGGAAGGGCAUUCAAUCAAAAUAGUAACUUGAAAAAACAUAUAAAAAUUCACCUAGAUGACAGGCCUUAUGUUUGCAACAUUUGUAAAAACAGAUUCACUCACCAGUGUUAUCUUAAUGAACAUAUGAAAAACCACACAGGUGAACGAGCAUAUGAAUGCACAGACUGUGGUAAGAAGUUCAAAAAUAGCAGCCAUUUAAGAAGCCAUAGGAAAACCCAUUCAGAUGAACGACCAUACAAAUGCAAUCUCUGUGAUAAAACUUUUAAAUACAUUAGGAACUAUAGUUUGCACAAAAUGGGCCAUGGUGGUGAUCCCUCCUGCAACUGUUCCGAGUGUGGUAGACAGUUUUUAAAUAGAAAUAGUCUGAAUAUUCAUAUGCUUUCUCAUAGUAAUGUGAAGAUACUGUCUCAUAGUAAUGUGAAGAUAUAUGAAUGUUUUGUGUGUGGAGAAGAAUUUAAAAAACUUGAUAAAUUCAAGAGACACUUGCAGGCUCAUACCGGGGAACGCCCAUUCAAGUGCUCCAUUUGUGAUGAUGGUUUCAAAUCUAGUUCCCACUUGAAGUUUCAUAUGAUGCUUCAUACGGGAGAGAAACCGUUUACUUGUGAAGUAUGUGGAAGUGGUUUCAGGUCUAAGUCGUAUCUCACAUCUCAUAUGGUGUCUCACAAUAAAACUCGUCAUAGGUGUACUGUAUGCAGUAAGUCUUUCAAAUACAAAUGUAAUUAUACACGUCAUGUAAAAACUCAUGGUGAAACUGAAAUGCAGCAGAGUUUAAUGCAUAUAUCGACUGAUAUGCAGCAGAACAGCUCAGAUCUAGAAAAGGUUAUUAUCCAGACUAUAAAACCAUCAUAUUCAUCUUCACUAUCACCCAGUGGGAAAGUUGCUUUAGUAGCACAAGGAACUGGUGGUACAAAUACAAAAGGAACAUCUGUCAUAUCUGAAGGAGAAAAAAUAGGAGAGGACCAAAAGGUUACUUUGGUUUCUUAUUCAUCUGAAGUUAGUGAAAAUUUCAAUAGCACACGUAAUUAUAAAACUUCUAGUGUAAGAGAUUCUAAAGAUAAUUUGGGUAAUGAAGAAAAUAGUUUGAAAAUGGUAAUGAGAUCUUGUACUGAUGACUAUCCUUUUCACUGUACACACUGCAAAGAAACUUUUCAACAGGAAAGCCAACUGGAGGAACACUUAAAGUUUCACAUACCAGGAUCUGCAUAUUUCAGAGAUAAUGAUUAUUUACAGAUCCAUGUGCCUAGCCAUGAAGUAGAAAGUGAUAAGAGUCUGAUGGUAGUUAAUACUGAGGGAGAGAAUUGUAAAGUGUGUGGAGUGAAGUUUACAAGAAAACAUCUGCUAAGGCAGCACAUGCACAUUCAUUUGGACCAGGGAAGUUUUGAAUGCUCAGUAUGUCAGAAGAAAUUUAAUGAUGAAUCUGAAUUAAAAACACACAUUUUGUUACAUUCUUCUCAGAAAACAUAUGAGUGUAGUGUUUGUAACAAGAAAUCUUUGCAAAGUAGUGACUUGAAAAGGCAUAUGAGAAUUCAUUGUGCAAAAGGAGAAAUGGAAGACAAACCAUAUUCUUGUAGCAUUUGUGAAUUAAGAUUUUGUUAUAAACAUAAUCUGGAUACACACAAAAUGAUCCAUGUCAUGAGAGAAAAUGCACUUAAGCAUCAGAGGCAAGACAUUGUUUCUAAUGGUUAUACUACUGAUACUACUGACAACACUAUGAGUGAUAAGAGUAUAAUUCACACUCUCAUGGAACAGUACUUCAUUAGCAGUUCUGUAUCUGAGUUGGAUUCUGAGGAGGUGGUAACUCAUAUCAUUGAUGAACAGGAAAUGGAUAGGAAAGGAAAUCAAGUUAUUUUUCAGGAGAAUAGGGAAUAUGAAUUGACCAAAGUUACAAUUCCAACAGCCUUUGAAAACUAUAUAGAAAGUAAUAGUACACCAGAACAGAACUUUUUAUGCAUCAUUUGUGGGGAAGAUUGUAUAGAACCAAGUCUGCUCAAGUCACAUUUGAGGCAGCAUAAAUUGGAGUGUCCACAAUGUGGAAAAGCUUUUAAUCGACUGAACAAUCUUAAGAGACACAUGGUCAUUCAUACAGGUAUGCGUCGUUAUGAGUGUUAUGUGUGUGCUAAAAAAUUUAAGGAAAGCGGCCAUUUGAAAACACACUUUUUGCAUGUGCAUAGUGAAGAACAAUCUAUUGAAUGCAAAUUUUGCAGUAAAAAGUUCUCUCACAAGAGUUAUUAUCAGAGACAUCUUAAAAUCCACCAUGGAGAUAAAGAGACUAUCAAAACCCAUCUAAAUAUACAUGUCAGGAAAGAGUCAACACGAAAUAAUGAGUAUUUACAGAAGGCUUUAGAAAACAUUGAAAGUGAUGUCAAAUUUAAUACAAAAGACAUGGGUAACAUUGAUAAAUCAGAGGAUCCAAAAUGUGAAGGUUUUUCAGCUUCCUCUGAUGGCGAUGAAAGCAGCACUCAUAAGAGUUCCCAGUGUAUGAAAGGUUUCAGCAAGAGGAGUAAUCUUAAGAGGCACAUAAUGAUUCAUACUAAUGAAUGUGCAUAUGAUUGUCCUUUGUGUGGAAAAAGAUUUAAAGAAAAAAAGUGUCGAGAUGAACACAAAAUGGAACACACUGGUGCACGGCCACAUCACUGUACAAUUUGUGACAGAAAAUUCACACAGAAAUCUUUAUUGAACAGACAUAGAAAAACACAUGUUACUCUUGACCUAAAAGGUGAUGUUGAGGAGGGUGGUGAAACAAAUUUAGAAAGGGAUGGUAAUUUAGGUGGCUCAGGUAUGGAUGGGAGAAUGAAAUCGGUACGUAUUCCCCAAGGUGAUAUUGAAGUAACACAGGAGAUUCUCUGUGAUAUUACGGAGCCAACGGUUGAAAUUCAGGUGGGGAAAUUAAAAAUCCAGACUAUAUCCUAUGAAGCAGCCAUGAAAAGACGACAGAUCCUCAAGGAAAGGAGGUUACAUAAGUGUGCAGUUUGUAACAAGUUAUUUAACAGGAAAAGUAAUCUUGCAAGACAUGUUCUGUGCCACAAAGACAGUAAUGUGUUGAACUGUAAUUAUUGUUCAAGUACUUUUAAAAGUAAACAGCUGUUAGAAUCACACAUGUUGAUUCAUGGUAGAGAACCAGCAAACCAACCUGAUUCCCAUAGAAAAACAGCUAAUGAAAAUGAACCUCAUGGUUAUCUUGGUACUCAAGAUGUUAGCAAUUCUGAGGAUCCAUCAGUUCAAGGUGAUGUUAUACAUAUAAAGUCUCUCUUAAGUAAAAAAUCUCUUUCGUGUUCCAUUUGUGGCAUGAAAUUCCACUUUCAGCAUCACCUUGAGAAUCAUCUGAUCAUACACAAAUUGAAAAAGAAGAUAGGUCAUGAAAAGAUAGACCCUUCUAAAAUUGACCACGAAAAGGGGGACCUUCCUAAAAUUGUUAUCAAAAGCAGGGGAAGUAAAACGGGCAUGGAUGAUGGAAGAAGUAAACCAGAUUUAGACUACGAAAAUGGAUGUCAAGAACAAGUGGAGGAUCAUGGAGAAAGUAAAAUAAUAAUUGUUAAGGAGCAGUCUUUCUCUAAAGAUGAGAGAGAUGAAGGUGAAAUGGAAGUGGGAAAAAUUACUGUGAAGACUCUUCCCUAUUCACUAGCUCGUGAGAGACGCUUGAAGGAAAGAGGUAACAAGAAGCGAGUAAAUUGCAGUGUUUGUGGAAAAGAUUUUGCUUCUAGUUACAGCUUGAAGGGGCAUAUGAAGCUACAUACAAGAGGAAGAUGGCAUAAUUGCAAGUAUUGUGGAGAAAAGUUUCAUACACACAAUUCUCUUGAGAAUCACAUUAAUGAAUUACAUAGAGGCAGUAUAGUACAUGAAAGUAAUAAUUAAACAUUUAUAUUUGGAGAAAUAAAUAAUAGUUUUCUUGCUUUCAUUUAAAAAAAAGUAAUGUUGUCUGAAUUGUAAUUGCUGGUUAGGACUGCAGUUUGCUACUCUAUGGUGUUGGGUACCAGGUGUUGUUGUAAGAAUAUUCAUAACCAGUUUGAAUUGUUUUACUUCACUUGUAUUGUAUUCAUCUUGCCCAAAAUGUCAUUACUCUGCUGUUUUUUAUUAGAUAAUAAAUAUAUUGAUACAUUACAGUACUUAGGAAGAGAGAAAACCCACACUUUUUAUAUGUGUAACUUACCCAGUAUGUAAUUACAUGGCUAUUAGUUUCACUCGUUUGGCCAUUAAAAUUUUGAAAUUUUACAUGUUGCAAGUUUUGGGGUAGAUGACUCACCCCACCCACUUUUGGGGGGAAAGAGAGAUACAAUGUAGCAAAGAGCUUCACUUUGUUUCUGCUGGCUGAUGGGUGAAGUCCAGUGGUUGGCAGCAGUUAAUUUUUUUGAGUUCUGACUUUUCUGGUUGUUUGUUAUUACAACAAUUGGUGAAGUACUAUAGUAUGUUCAUUUUCUUUAGGGUUCUUGGUUAAGAACGAGACCCUAUCUAAACUCUGGCCUCGCUCUUUUACAAUUAAAAGCUUAACUGAAAUACUUUGCCCAAAUGAAAGAGAAAGAACUCUCUCUCCAGUAAGGACUCUUAAUUGUUCUUUAACUAUGACAAAGGGAAUUUGCGGGACAUCAAACAACCUUUGGUGUUCAGUAAAGAAUCCUUCACGGCCUCUGAAAAAAAAUGGACCUUAUAUCAGAAUCACACUUUAGUAGAGGAAGAUUUUUUUCCAUUAUGCAAGAUCAAAGCUCUGGCAAUUGACUUUUAGGUGUAAAUCGGUAUUCAUGACAUUACGAAAGGGAUGUAGAGACAGUUUAUGAUGAAUGCAGUACCUUGGGUCCUUUUUAUAUGGCUGGUGUGUGUUGGGGCAGGAAACAUUGGAAGCUUUUUCCUUCCUAUCUCUUCUCCUUGCAUAGGUUGUUGAUUCUAAGGGAGUCUGGGAGUACUGUGUACGUGGAGUACCCUCCAGUCAUUUUAACAGUUGGGUAUUUAAUGGUUUUAAUAAUUCAUUCAGUGGUAUUGAUGACUGAAUUGAUUCUGGUUGUAUUGUUUGGUACAGCGCCCUGGGCAGGGGUGUCUUCUAUCCUUUGGCUAGCUAUAGGAAUUGACCCAUAGUGACAAAGGCACCCACUAAAGUAGUAGGCAUAUCAAGGACAUAUAGCCUCACCUCUAAAUGAUAGGAUGAACGCCAACCAGUGGCAGUAUUUAUAUUAAUGUUAGCGAAGUCUCUGUUCUCAAAGUCAUUACAAUUGAUAAUAUUUUGGGAGUAGGUAUGUCCAUGUAUCCCACCUUCUCUCAAUUUGGGAAUCAGCUGUGUAGUAAUUACGAGGUGAACUAAAAAUGAUAGUAUUUUUAUAAUAAAAGAAGGUUUUUAUAUACUUGCCCCAGCAAUUACAUGAUCAGAGCCCUCCCUCCUCCCCUCUCAUGAACAUAAGGGCAUAAACAAAUUGAAGCUCUUUACUAAGUUGUACUAGGGUACCUCUCUCCCCAAAACACUAGCGUGACAUGCAAAUUUCAACAUUUCAACGGCCUAACGAGGGAAACUAAUAGCUAUGUAAUUACUGGGUAAGUAUCUAUAAAACCUUUUAUUAUUGAAAUAUCAUUUUCAAUGAACUUUGCAUACUCUUAACAGCUAUGGGGUAAAUGACCAACUCUUCAUUAAGAGAUGAGGAGUGAAAAUUCUGAAAGCUAUUUUGAGCUUGUACAAUCUUAUUUAAAAGUGUGGAUUUUGAUGUCUACAAUACUGAAUGUUAUUUUUGUUAAGGUAAUGGUAAUAUUUGGAUGGAUAUUUAAGAAGAGUAUUGUUCUCAAUUUGAAAUACAAUAUCGUUUAUUUAUAAAGGCAUAAUUAUUUUAUUUUUGCUUUAUUCAAAUGUCUGAUAACUCUUUAAAGGAAGAAUAUUUAAGGUAAUGUUAGGGUAAGAAGUAUACUGAAGUAAACUGACAAAAAUGUUGUUAUCAGUGAUGUGAAUAGACAUGCAAACAUAUGCUGUGGUGUUGAGAGCUGAUAGAGGUGAAGCAAAGCAGUUUUGACCAGCAAUAUUUGUGUAAAAAAUGUUAUAUAUGUACAGAGAACAAGCUCAGUAGUAGAUACAGGUGUUGAAAAUGCUAGUCAUUAUAUACAGUAGCUUCCAUUUGACAGUAAGUAUAGUAGUAUAUUGAUCUCCAGAAAAGUAUAAUCUAGUUGAGUAAUCCGUUAGGGAAGGGUUAUUCACAAGUAAAUUGAUUUUUAUAUCCCAGUCACUGUAAUAAUAUUAAGGUGAGAUAUGUACUGUAUAUAUACAGUUUGUACAAUUGUAAAUGAAAAGCAAAAAUUUGAGCUAUUUAGUGGAAAUACUGUAUACAGUGUAGAAUAAUCUAAGUGGGACUGAACGGAGUAAGAAAAAUUGAAACAAAUCUCACGUGAUAAAUUUAAGGAAGGGCCACUUAGUGGCUGUAAGGGCAUAGUAGUGAAUGAGUUUGAGAGGAAAUCUACAAUUCCAUAGCAUAUCUUGCCUUUCAGAGCAAGCAGUAUAAAAGGCUAUUUUGGCUCAAUUUCUGGAGUAUUUGAAACAUAUAUUAAAACUUACAUUAACAUAAUUUCUCAAAAGUAGAUUAAAAAGAAAAAAGUAUAUACAGUUUGUACACAGCUAAUUUGUUUUUGACCAGAUCUAGAAAAUAAUGUAACCCAUAUGACCAUAGAAAGGGAAAUUACCGUAAAUGAACGUUGCAUAUCCUACAUAAACUGAGAGUUGUAGAUGGAAACUAUAUAUUGAAAACAUGAAGAGAGUCAUUAUUUGGUACAAAUUUGACUAAAGAAUGUGGGAUACAGAGUUGUUACUAGUGACUGAUAAAAUAACAAAAUUUUUAUUACAUCAUGCAUUUAUCAGUACCUGCACUGAUAUUGAUACAAGUUAUAAAUUUGAUGGGAAGAAUAUUAAAUUCAUAAUCUUGAAUACUUAAUACCAUGAAGUAUAUACUGUAUGUAUAGUGCCAUUUGUCUUUAGAUGCAAUCUUCUGUAAUUGUAACAGUUUAUUUCAUGACUUAUUUAGGAAAUUACUGGAUCAAAAUGGAAUCAUGAAUUAUGUAAAGGAAAAAAAUGAUUAGAUUCUUAGUUAAGCCAAAUCUAAUACAUCCAGCUCUCACUGUUCUUGUACACCAUGAUCGUUUGUGACAGCAUAAUUUAUGGUAUUGAAUAAUAUUUUCUUCUCACAGGUAAAUUAAUAGUAUUUUUUUUUAUCUGAGUCUUGAUGUAUGUUAAGUUGGUAAUUUAGUGUCCGUACCAUUAGGUUCUAAACCUAUAUGGGAAAGGAAAUGAUUCCCACUGCUGUUUUGAUUAUGACUUUGAUUCGAAAACCAUAUGUGAACAAACUUACCUUACUUAAGAGUUCUACUUAUUUAUGCAAGAAAGGAAUUUAUACAAAUUCUGUACUUUUACAUUAGAUAAAUGGAAAUCAUCCUAAGUUAAAUGACCAUAUACUUUGACUAUUUUUAUUCUAAAUUGUGUUUAAUAAUUAGACAUCAUGCUAAGUGCUCAUUCAUUGUGAAGGUAGAAGAAAGUAUGUGUAAUGUUAUAAUGUACUCCAGAAUUUUUGUUUCAAGAAAUAUCGAUUGAUAUUCUGCUACAUAAACAAAAGAAGUCUCAUUAUAGAUGUUUUAAUUGUGAUAUGUUUAGAGAUAUGUACUACUGUAAACAUGUAUAGUAGAGGAAGCAGGAUGGUGUAAAAAAUUAAGAAGAAAAGGAGCAAGAGUAAGGGAUCCCUGUGGAAAGUGCCAAGAUAAGAUCAUAAUCUGAUACGUACGGUCUUUGGAGUUCACUAGAUUAUGUAAGAAUGGAAAUUUGAUUUCAUUUGCGUAAUUUAGAUAUUACAUUACGUCACAAGAAAAUUGGAAACAAGAUUAGGAAAAUUUGUUUAAAGAAAUAGUUGUUUAAAUAAUUUUCAGGGAUGCAUGGAAUUUUGAAACUUUUUCAGAACGACUGAGGUAAGGUGGUCAUGUGAUUAAGAUUCUUAUUUGACAUGAAGAGUGUGUCUUGAGGUCAAGUGGAAAUUGUUGCAGGACUGUGAAGAUAUUAGUGAAAACAGAAGCUUGUCAAACUACAGGGCUCAAGGGUUUCAUAGGAAAUAUAAGUAGAAUUAAUGACUUAGAAGGCACAAUAGAGAUUUUGAUAAAGGGAGUUUAGUUCUUUUGUAAAGUAUUUAUGAAUAAAUUUAGUCAUUUUGUAAUGGCCUAAUUUUCAGGUUAGAAGUCAUUGUGUACAUAUGUAAAAACUGAUAAUAGUUGACUAUAUUUUUAUGAGUGUAUUUAUUGUUAAUAUUUACAAUAAAAGAGAGAAAAGUA